AUGCCUGAUAAAAAAAUUGAUUAUAAAGCUCGUUUAGAGAAAAAAUUAUGCCUUGCAAGAGAAAUUCCAGAGCCUGUUUUUGAUUUAUCGGAUUGUAAUUUAAAACGAAUACCUAGUAAUAUUUUUUCACUUUGUAAAGUAUUUCGAAAGGACGCUUUGUAUUUGCAGAAUAAUUUGUUAUCAUCUUUUGCUCCAGGUGGCUCAUUAGAAAAUUUAAAUAACCUUAAAAUAUUAAAUAUCAGCUCGAAUCAAUUCGCAGAGUUGCCAAAUGAAAUAAAUGAACUGAAAUCUUUGGAGAUUCUUGAUAUUAGCAAUAAUCGAUUAAAAAGAUUACCUUUUGUUAUUGGAGAUUUGAAAAAUUUACAAUAUUUAAAUGCUUCAUUUAAUAAUUUAUUAAAUUUACCGAGUGCUAUUGGAAAUUGUCAAAAUUUAAAGAUAUUAAAUUUAAAAUCGAAUAAAAAUUUGAAAGAAUUACCUAUAGCUUUAGGGAAACUCACUUGCCUUGUAGAACUAGAUUUGGAUCCUACAAUUGUUUAUCCUCCCCCUGAAACAUGUAAAAAUGGAAUUAAUGCCAUAUUAUUAUUUUUGCAAAAAGAAUUUUCGAGUAAUUCAAACAGUCCAUCGACAUCUGCAGCAGCUUGCUGCAAUGAUUUGCCCAUCAAUAAUAAUAAUGCAGAUAAAAAAUUGCAAGAAAGAAAUCAAAAUUUACGAUUAUCAUUCGAGAAAAAACUUAUCGAUAAAAAUUAUAGAUUAUUCGAGUCGCAGGAGAAUAAAGAUAAAAAAACAAAGAUGUAA